GACACGAAAUAUGUCACUAGAAAAAUACCUGUAUUUUAAACAAAAUUUUCGCGCUUCAGUGCUAAAUCUGCUUAUAGCCUGGUCUAUUUUUAACUAGCCUUAUAUUUUGAGUUGUGCAACGACUAAUGAUGUUCUAACAGUGUUUCAAGUGCAAUAAUUACAAUUUUUUAAAAAGUGUGUGACGGAAUUGCAGUGUCUUGUUUUGGUGAAAGUAUUAUUAAAUUAUUUAAUAAAAAAACUUUGUUAAAUCCUUAAAAUAUGUGUGAAAACGCGAACAGCAGAGUUUUAAUAUCUAAAGAUAAAACUUUGCCAAGUAUAUCUCCUAAAAAUAAAAUGUGGAUUUAUUACGUUUGUAAAAAUUGAAUUAAUCCAUGAAAUACCCGUAGUGCGUCUAGAAAAUGACACAUUCAGACGCAAAUCUUGAUGUUCAAGUAUGCUAUCCAAAUGAAUCUCAAAUAAAAUAUAAUGAAAUUGAUGUCUUUGUGUCAAAAUACGACAUAAAUGUAGAAAUGGUAAAAUUCUUUUCGUUUCUUAAUGUCGCAAUUCCCUUAGUGGUACUGUGGUAUUUUAUCAAUUAUAAAGGAAAGGCCCAAAAGAAAAAAAUCCAUAGAGUUGAGAUUGAACCUCUUCAAAUUAAGGAAGAAAGUUUGCCGAAACAGGUGUUAUGGAAACCCUCAGGAAGAUGUCAAUCGUUGUAUACGAUGAAACUCUCGCCUUCGAAAGACACAAGUCUUUUAGAUUUAGAUGAUAUACAAAAAAUUCGAUAUAUAGAAAAUCGGGAAAGUCAAGAGGACGAAAAAGACUAUAAUACUGGUGGGUAUAUGCCUAUCAAUAUUGGAGAUAUUCUUAAAGGACAAUACAAAGUUUGUAGAAAACUUGGAUGGGGACAUUUUUCUACAGUUUGGUUGUGUCAGAAUUUAUUAAAUGAUGGGCCUACUUAUGUUGCCCUGAAGAUUUGUAAGAGCGCGCAAAUGUUCACCGUAGUGGCUCAAGAUGAAAUAAAGUUACUUAGAGACACGAAACUGAUAGACCCCAGUCACCUUGGCUAUAAGCAUAUUGUUCAAAUGGUAGAUACUUUUAAGUUAUUGAGCAUCAAUGGAGUACACACUGCCAUUUCCAUGGAAAUAAUGGGGCCCUCACUAUUACACUUACUUGUACAGUCUGACUUUAGAGGAAUUCAUUUAUGUGGAGUCAAACGAAUUAUUACUCAGGUUUUAAAAGGAUUAACUUACCUUCAUGAAGCAUGUCGCAUAAUUCAUACUGAUAUUAAACCAGAAAAUAUAUUGAUAAAAGUUGAUGAAAACUACAUCAAAAGCAUAAUAGGAAAAACAGAAAAGUUCACUGAACUAGGAAUUGAUAUGCCACGGUCUUAUGUUGCAGCAGAUUGCUGGAUAGAUAGAGAAAGAAGUUUACGAGACUCCGAUGAAAAUAUCCUGUCUAAAUUUGAGGAACAGAGAGGACAAUCGUACCCUUAUGAUAAAUUUUUAGGAGAAUUACCUGAUUUUAGAAGACGGCAUGGAGAACCACGCUUAAAUGCACCGAUGUGGGUUAGUCCUAACAUCGAAAUUAAAAUUGCUGAUUUAGGAAAUGCUUGUUGGGAGGAGCAUCAUUUUUCAUCUGAGAUACAGACUCGACAGUAUAGAGCCUUAGAAGUGAUAUUAGGAGCUGGUUACAGUUUUCCGGCUGACAUUUGGUCAGUAGGUUGCAUGGGAUUUGAGAUGGCUACAGGAGAAAUGUUAUUUAGUCCGAAAGGCGACCGAGAACCUUCUGCAAAUCUGGACCAUUUGUGUCUAAUUUGGGAGACGUUAGGUAGUAUACCGCAAUAUAUAACUGAAAAUGGUACACACGCACGUCAGUACUUUACAAAUGAUUUUGCUUUGAAGAGUCGGGGGAAUCGUUUUUUGAAUGGUAGGUAUAACUAUAUAAUGGUAUAAGUAUAGAAGCUAUACCAUCAUACCUCAGUAUAGGAAUGCAUAGCAGAUAUUAAUCACAUUAAUUAAGUACAUGUAGAUUUAGACAAUCCUUUGACUGUAUUGGAAGAAAUAAAUUAUUUAUUGAAAUGAAAAAUCGAGAUACCUAUAUCAGCAAAGUUAAUUAGAUUAACAAAAAUGACGAUGGAUAGUGACUACUAAUCAGCGAAUACUAUUGAAGGAGCAGUGCGAAGUGAAGGAGGGAAUAGUAGCAGACAACAAAACAAACUGGAGAUAUCGUAGGGUAAUGAACGAUAAGAACUUAUCCAGAAAUACAAAACUGAAAAUAUACAGAGGUGCUAUCAGACCAGUAGUUAUUUACGCAUCUGAGACAAUGUGAAUCGCGGAAAAAGAUGAAGAAAAAUUGAGGUUAUUCGAAAGGAAACUCCUCAGACGAAUUAUGGGCCCGAUAAGAAUGGACAACGGAGAAAUGAGAAGAAGAAUGAACCAUGAACUAAGAGACAUAAUGAAGGGAGAAGAUAUAGUUUGAUUUAUUAAAGCGCAGAGACUGAGAUGGCUGGGACACACAGAGAGAAGGAAAAACGAUCUACUGAUUAAGAAGGUCACCAGAUGGACACCAGAAACUGAAAGACCAAGGGGAAGACCCAGAUAGAGAUGGGAAGACCAGGUCAUGAGAGAUAUCAAAAUUCUGGAAGUGAGAAACUGGAGGGAACUAUGACAUAUUGAAAUGAGUGGAAGAAAAUUAUAACGAAAGCCAAGUCAUACAACAAACUUUGACACCACUCAAGUGAAAUGUGGAGUGAUUCACCGCAAUAAGCGAAUCAGAGAGCUCUAAAGUAAGAGCGGCAAACAUUCCAUCCGGAAUGAAAAGCCCUGAUGAUGAUGAUGAUCAUGAAUU